AUGGGCAAGCCCAUCGCAGUGCAAAAUCGUGAUGGUGUUAAUCUUACCCUUCUUGGUGGUGUCAUGCGGGGUCGUGACUUUGAUGAGCGCGCUGCACAAAGCAUGGAAAUCCAUAAUUUGUUAGGCAUCAAUACUCGUGAUCAAGAUUCGCCGCGCGACGAGAUCCAUCGCUCGACAAGACCCAGCAACAAUACGAAUUCUGUCUCGACGUCGGAGAACCAUGAUAUAGUGCCACCGUCAUUGCUCGUCCGAUAUCCUCCAUGUCCGACACACACGCUCAAAUGGUUGGAUUUCUCGAGGGCGAGGGAGGGAGGUAUGGCAAAUGACAGUCUUGGAUCACCCGGGGUCUUGGAUCAGGACGUCCGUGCCAGCAUCCAGCCGGCUUUGAAUGAUGAAGAUGCACAGGUUGCCGACCCGUCAAGAGGGUGGGAGGGAGGGAAAGUAAUUGCCGUUCCCAUCGGUGGAGGGUCUGCAGGUGUGCCAGACGAGCAAGACAUGCUGGAUGGGCACAGUCAAGAGCACUUGAGUGGUGCGACACAUAUGGAUCAGGGGAACGCGCAGAACAACACCGGCAGCCACAAACAGAAAGGGAAACGAGAGCGUCGUCGCCGUAAGAAGCUCGCUAAGGACGCGAGUAUGUGUCAGACAAAGGCCAAGCUUGCCAUCAAACAUCUUCCAACGUCGAUUGCUACUACUCUCUCAGUAGACCAGUUACAUAUCGCCCAGGGAGCUUAUGUUGGGAAGCGUGUUCAAGCUAACAAUAAAGGCGCUCAGGAGCUUGACAGCCUGCUCCAGAAGGGAUUUAAACUCGUGAAAUGGGAUGGAUGCACACCUCAUGUUUUGUUGGACAACGGCAAACGCAUCAUCGGCGUAUUGGCAGGACGGCCUAAAGAUGAUUCUUGGAAAGAUACUGCAGAGGCAGCCUGCGACGCAAUGGAGGAGGCAAGAGGACGGUGCGUCUUCAGAGAUGUUGACAAGGAACACCGGAGAGGACGCUAUCCAUGCCUUGCAGUGGGAGUUUCAUAUGGUGGCGGACAACAGAUUCCAGGAAACCUUUUACAUUCCAAGAGCAACCGAACGGCCGUCCAAUCCCUCCUCGGAAACAAGGCCAUCCAAAGACUUGCCGGAUUUGGAAGCAGUAUAUUGCACCACUACUCGCCAAAAGUACACCAGCUGUAUGUCAACGCCAGAACUUCUCUUUUGGAAAAGCAUCCCAGUUUGAAAUGGAACUUUCGAAACAGUGCGUUCGCCGCAGCAACGUUCAACUUCGGCCCUGCCACAGUGACCUAUGGCCACACGGACAAUGGAAAUUUCGCCAGUGGUAUGUGCAGCAUCACUGCUCUAGGAAACUAUGACCCAACCCAGGGUGGACAUUUGGUUCUUUUUGACCUAGGGCUGGUCAUUGAGUUUCCCCCUGGUUCAACCAUCCUCAUACCUUCAGCAAUUCUACGACAUGGCAAUGUGUCGAUCUCAUCCAGGGAAAAACGCCUUUCCUUCACUCAAUAUUUUGCGGGAGGAUUGAUAAGGUGGGUUAGAUAUGGCUUCCGGACUGCAGAUGAUUUGAGGAAAGAAAGUCCUGAAGACUGGCAGGCAGCAAAAGCCGAACGUGAAAUUCGGGUUCAGGAGGCAGCAUUAUAUUUCUCCACUUUGUAG